CGGAGCGGCGUAGAGAGAGAGAGAGAGAGAGACACAGUCGGCGAUACCCGCGAUUCCUCGGCUUUACUGAGUUCCUAGUCUUCCAUCAUGAACCCUGUUUACAGCCCCGUUCAGCCUGGGGCUCCUUAUGGAAACUCUAAGAACAUGGCUUAUACGGGUGGACUUGAGGGACCCCAGACUUGGGGAUACUACUGGAGUUUAACCGGCCAAAAUUGUGCAGCCAACUAUUUUGCUGGUUAUCCUGCAGGUUACCCCACAACUGCUCCUGCCUAUUCUGCUAACAUGUAUGCCAGUAGCAGCCCUGGCUACCCCCCAGCUUUAUUCAUGAUGAGGCAAAGCUGGCCACAAACGUCAACCUCCGGGGCCUCUGAGGGUACCUAUGACCUCCCAGUCGAUGCUGGUACCGAGAGCAGGACUUUUCAAGCUUCUUCUGCAUCAUUCAGGUACACUGGAGGAACCCCUUACAAGGUAGCACCUACCCAGAGUAAUGGUGCACCUCCCCCAUAUUCUCCAUCUCCAAACCCUUACCAGACUGCCAUGUAUCCCAUCAGAAGUGCCUAUCCACAGCAAAAUCUGUAUGCUCAGCAGGGGGCUUAUUACACACAGCCUGUGUAUGCAGCACAGCCUCAUGUAAUUCAUCAUACCACGGUGGUGCAGCCCAAUAGCAUUCAACCUGCUAUUUACCCAACUCCUGUCCCUGCUCCGAGGACCAAUGGGAUGGCUAUGGGAAUGGUUGCUGGGACUACCAUGGCGAUGACAGCAGGUACUCUGCUGACUACGCCACAGCACACUCAACUAGGACCACAUCCGGUUUCCGUGCCAACAUACAGGGCUCAAGGAACACCUGCGUAUAGCUAUGUACCUCCACAUUGGUAAAUUCACAGGUCAAUUCAUAUCUGGAGUCAGACAUUGUAUGCAACUACUCAAGUCUUACGUUGGUGCUUGUGCAUUGAAGCCACAUGGCACCGAAUCUGUUUGCAAGAACAAAGUGCAAAGGUCACUUUAUGCAUCAUUUUAGUGUGUUUUUUUUGUAAAAGCUGCUUUUCUCCAAACUUCUGCCUCAUUUCAAGCUCUGUUCCAUCAUAACUAUUCAAAACUGGUACAGAUCAAUUUAUUUCUUAUCGCUAGCAAGGCUAUGGCCAAAACAUUUAAAAAGAGGCCUAUUCAGUGGUGAGAGUACAUGACAUCCUUUUUCUAAAAAAAAGUGCAAAGUGCAUGUUUCACCUUUGUUAAUCCUAUGAAAUUCUAUUUUGCAAUCUACAUUGAGACCCAUAAAGAAAAGCAAAUCCACUAUGGAUUCAUUGGUGUAUAACCUAUAAACGAGGCUAAUAUUCAAGUUUAAAGAAAACAGUGGCUGGCUCUCUUUGUUCAGAUCUAUUGGCGUUCCUGACCUUUUUGCGUUGCCCAAAAUAUCUUAGGCCAUCAAACUACGAGAUGCCUAUCUAGUUCAAUCUUUAAGUGUUAUCAAGAUUAGCACUCACCACUGAAAUGGCCUUUAAACUUAUUUUUUUGACAAUAGAAUUGUUCAGGAAAGCUUUGAGGGUUUAAAGGGAUUUAGAAUUAAUGGAGCACUCCAUUCACUGCAGCACAAUGGAUUCUUGGGAUGGCUUACGUGAUGAGCAUUACUUAUUUGGUUGGCCGGAUUCUUUGUUCAAGUUAAGGUAGUUCAACUCUGGAGUCGAACACCUAUUUUUGCCCCUUAAUCCAUUACAGCUAUGAACUCAGCAUUGUGUUCUGUGGGUCCUAAAUACAAUUGUUGCGCUGCAUCAAGUUGGGACUCUGGUGUUGGCUAUCUUUUGAUAUGUGCCAACAUUGAUACCAGAAAAUCUGGAUUCACUUUAUAAAACAAAAUAAAUCUUGGGACCUAUAAAAUCCCACCACAUUGACACAGCUGAGAUCCCUAACCUCUCCUUUUCUGAAUUUUAUUAGAGUUGCAAUAUUCCGUAUUAGAACAAUGUGCUUGUCGGUUUUGUUAGUCACCAACUGACAUUUUUGUUAUUUCUGGAAGGUGGUGAAAGCAGUAAGUGGUUUGUUAAAUAUUGUGUAACUUUUAAGCAAAGUGAUAAAAUUUACAGAACUUUUGCAGGUGUUUUACUAUCCUUAUAGGCCCUAAAGAGUGGACCCUGAUAAAGGAACACGGCACCUUUAAGGCUGUUGAAGGUCUUGGUAGGCAGGUAGUGAGUGUGUGGCACAAUACCAUCCACAGAGUAUGGGAACAAUGUGUGAAUUUCAUAAAAAUGAAAUGAGUAUUGGAGUCUAGGAAAUGAGUUUUUUUUUUACCAACCUGCAUGUAAAGUUUAGGAAAAGAAUGUAUGAUUGGAAAGCACUGACAAAGGUAUAAGGUAAGGUGAUUGAUGUUUAGGGAGCAUUUAUUUUUUUGCAACUUAGAUAGAAGUGACCACAUAUCAGAAUUCUGUCAAAGUGCAGAAGCUAGGUUAUGUUGCACAAUACGUAUAUAAGAAUAAUCUAUGCUAAUAAACAGGUACAAUAUACAUGAAUAUAUAUAUAACACACCCAUAUUACAUUUUUGUGGUUAGCUUAAUAGACGGAUUUCUGAAAAGCAAACGGAGCGAGGCGUAGAUUUUAAUGCAACAUUGUAAUACAAUAAUAGACUCUUUACAAUACAGUAACAGAUCAUACAGUGAAAUGGUUCAGUUGAUUAAAUUUCAAAAAUAUUGUGGGUGUGUUAUAUAUAUUUAUAUAUAUUUACACACACAUACACACACGCGCCAUCGUCCUGGCCAGCAAACCAGUGUUGCACGAAGCAACUUCUGCUGUAUGUAACCGUGUUAACUAUAGCUGGGGAGAGUGUAUAUCCCGCAAUAUCAAAUGAUGUUUCUAGUGCUGAGUUAAGGAGACAUUCACACAAAGGUAUUAUUGUUUAGAUUAGUGGGCAGUCAAAUAUCUGCUGUAUUCUCAGAAAUCAGAUCAACUUCUUCUCGCAUUAUAAAGAUAUUUGCAGAAGAUACAAUUUUAAACCCUAAUGGUGCUUCUACUGACUACAGUUUUAAAACCAGUUUGAGGUAUACACUUGCAUCAAAUCCCUCGAGGUCUAAUUAUGGCAUUUUUAAGAAAUAACAUUCCAUUUAAAACAAUGUGUGCAUGCCAACCAAUGGCAGUGGUGGGUUAUUUACCAAUUUUCCCAUUUCCUAGUCCUAGUCCUAGUCAGAAUAUUACUUGGGCCGGUCAAAAUGUUAGUGGCAGAGCAGUUAAUACAACUAGUUUGCAAAUGUUUCACUGAAUAACUGGUGAGCUUUUCACUGAUCUAUUUCACAUAGUCCCACAUCAAAUGGAGUUUAGUGUAACCGAUUUUAUUAGUGUUUCAAAUGCACUGGGCUUCCAUUGUUGUACUGUUUCCACAGUCAUUACAAUGAUUUCCUUUACUCACUGACGGAUUGAAGUGCAAAUUGGUAAAGAAAAUUGCACACACUUCUCCAGCAAACAAACCAACAUGGGGUGGGGAGAGAAGGGCAGAGCAAGUAACCCCCUGUAGUUUGUUGGAUUUGCUGCAAAAGCAUUAUACUUAAUCUCUAGAACAAAUAGAAACCGUCAAUUUUUGGAGAAGAGAUGGCAAAGAUCAGGGGGGAAGAAAGUUUAGAUAAAUUUGUACAAAAUUUGGGGUUCAGCUUAAGGCAACAGUUCUUAAAUUGUGACAACACCAACUAUAAGAAUUGUCAGAUAGCCAUUCACAUUUAUUUGGUGUAGAAAUUAGAGCGAUUAUUAGUAUAGAACACUGGUCCUACAUUGACUGUUCAAGGAGGAGAACAAUUCUGAACAAAACCUGAUAAGGAUGCAAGUGAUUAUCUCAAGUGCUUUAUUUUUUUGCAGUGAAAACAUUCCUUAGUCUCUGAGAAAUCAUUAUAGAGUACAUACAAAUAAACUGAUCUUAACUUUGCCGCAAUACCCAACAUCUACUGAUCAGGCCUUGGAAGAAGAAAGUAGUAAUGAUGCAAAAUAUGUUACUCAGCAUCAAGUUUGGUACAAAGUACAGUGUGCAAAAGGAGUAGUGAUAUUGUACUAAUUGUCUUCACUUUGAAUCUCCCACUGUUUAAGUUUUGUGCAAACUUAACUUACCAAUGAGGGGUGUUGAGUGUAGCAUGAACUGGUUUGGUUCUCUGACUUAACUGGUGUUAAGGAUCUUUGAAGUGAUAGCCCUUCAAAGAUGUUCUUGUGUCUAUAAUCACGACAUAGCAAAUCUCAAGCUGAUUGUAACAGUCUGAGGUCUGACUGUCUGUUGCUGAUGUCUUUGUAAAUGAAGUUGUUUAAUUAAACUGAUCCAUUAUUUGGAACAAAUAUUUCAGCCACAUCUGAUUACGUCAGACCCGAUUCAGAUUUUGCAUAAACCUGUACAAAAAAAUUUAGCAAAUAGUUAUACAAGGGAACACUUCUAAAUAUAAUUUGGUGGAAAAUUUUAACCCGUCUCAUAUUAAAUUUUAUCCUGAGGCCAGUUACUGAACUUGCUUGUUAUGUAGAAGAAUCUGUCAUUUAGAGGACUUCUCAAACACACACACCCCCUUUCAAGUAUUUGAAUGUUACGUAUUGCUCAUUUCCUCCUGUUAUUAUUUGUUUACUUCUGUUUAAUUGCCCUUUCAGUGGGAAGGCAAAUGUGUAAGUCAGCUCGCUCCUUUGUUGCCAGGGCUGUUUUGUUACUGAUUCACCAUCUUGUGUAUUUGUUAGAUGAAAGCCUCUCAGGCUUAAUGGAUCCCACCUUGGUUUUGGAAUGAAAUGUUCAUGUGUACUGGCCAACUAAAUUAGGCAGAUGUCAAAUUCCGUGUAUCUGUAGCCUUGUGCCUGGAACCUGUUAAAUUGGUCAGAUCCCUGAAAACAGUUGAAAUGUAAUAAUCUGGACUAAUGUUUGACAUUUGACCCCUUGAAAUACCUCAAUUUCAUACUUGUAGACAUAGAAUAAAACAGAUUUCAGGAACCAGUGCGACAGAUUAUUAGUUUGUUAUCUGCAUUUAAAUUGGCCAUCCAUCCAUAGAGGAAUGGACUGAUAACCCUCCAAAUACUGAAAAGUCUACUCUGAAAAGUUUGCUAAAAUCCUGCACUUGCUGCAACUAUUAAAAUCAGUCUUAUAUUUUAUACUUCCCAGUAUUGGUUGACGUUCAUUCUCCCGUUAUUACCAAUAUAACCUAAAUAGCAAGUCAUUUUAUGACUAAUUAUUGAUAAUUAUUCCUAUACCUGAUAACUCUAGCAGAGCCAACAUUGAGCUGAUAAAACUGAAAAGGCCUUGACAAAACUUAACAAAACAUUGAAUUUUAUCUUCAUUCUAAACCCACCCACAUAGCUUCCUGAUUUAGGCUUGUUCAACACAUUUUACUAGGUUAAUCCAACUAAACAGAUUGGUCUCAUUUGUUUUCUUUCAUUUAACUAUGUAAACUAAUUCAUUCAGAUCAGAUGUAUUUUUCAGUCCAAACAAACACUAAUGUUACACAAAGUGUUACCUACUGCCUUGCCUUAGGUAGAACAAAAGGCUAUGUUAGCAAUCUAACAUUGGCCAGAGAUUGCCAACUAUUUGUUCCACAUAUAACAUUCAAAAUGUUCAUUGCCCUUUUUUUAACCGAAGCAAGCUCAUAAAAUUUGCAGGCUUUCUCUUUUAGAAAAGCUUGCGAUCUGUUAGUUGGCCUCUUAUGUCUCUCUUUGUAAAGCUUUACAAAUUAUUUUUUGUGAUUCCCAAACCCGUGAGCAGAGAAUGUUAGUGGAAGUUCAUGCCCUGAUGUUUCAAACCGUAUUGCUGUGAAGCAGCACUGAGGAACCAUCUUCAAGUAUUGCUGUUGAACUCCACAAAUAUUUUGCUUAAAAGCAAGGAGAUGCUUUUCAAUUUUAAGAUUAUAGACGUCUUAAAAAUGUAGGAACAUGGUGGGUAACUAAGUCGUUCCUAUCCUUAUUUUUAUGGAGUGUUUCUGUGAGGGAACCUGUUCAUAAUAUUCAGCCAUACUUGGCAGUGUUAGCUCCAUCCUGUCCUAAUAAUAAUAAUAAUAGAACCCCUGUAUUGGAUUAUCCAAUAAAUUAACUUUCUUUUUAUAAUUAUUUUGCGAACGUUUUUACAAAGCUACCAAAUUCAUCAAUAUGCAACAUACAAAAUUGAAAUGUAUAUUGGAAGUGUUGCCUGGUAAAUACAGCAUAAUUGGCUAAGUUUGUGCUGGCAGGACUGAAGAGUGUUUACUCCCAAACCCAAUGUGAUAUUUCUUGUUCCAUAUCCCUUUAAAUUGAGUUACCAGCUUUUUCAAAAAUACACACCUCAUUUCAGAAUUCUGCACAUGCACACCUCACUCAGCGCAUCUGUUGAACCCUGAAAUCAGGUGUUUUAAAAUGUCAACAGGGCCAGUAACAUGAUCAGCUCUUUAACAUUAAGAAACCGUUAAAUGUUUCUGGGCUGUCAGUAUACUGUGAAGGAGUGAGUCCAGUGCGAUUCAUACCAUCUGCAUGUGAAUCACGCUGUUCCUAGGAGUGGGGCUCCUGCAUGAUUUGUUUCAUAUAUAAUAUCACAGCAUACAGGCUUGUUAGUUACCUGGUGUUCCUGUUUACUAUCUGUGAGCUAAAACCCACAAUUUUAACUGCAGUCGCAUUUCUUUAAGAAUAGAUGCCCAAUUCUUGACGUGUGUUUUAUUUGGACUGAGAAUUUUUAUUUUUUUUAAACUGGUUUAAUCAUGCGAUUUAAUUUGCAUGGUGUUUCAAAAUCACUUUAGAAACAGAUACCAAAUCAUUAGAAUUGGAAACUAUUGAAAAAAUGCAAAUUCCACUGAAGAAGUACUCAAAUGAAAAACAACCUAUUCUCUCAAUAUUGAAUACUGCCGGAUACUAAUGUCAAAAAAUAAAUUGAUUUCUUAGCUCAUAACCAGUGUGCAUUUAUACACAGCACAUGAAUGCAACCAGAGCAAAACAGCAGUGCAUUCGUAGUUCAACAUAACCAGGUUUGCCAGUUAUGGUUGUACGAGACCUUUUAACAGAUUUUUUUGUACAUGUUUGCUAAAUAAAAAAAAGUACUGUAAUGCAAGACUUGAACAAUGCAUAUUAAUAGUUGUACUGGCCCAAUUCAAUGUCAGAAGUACUUCGGAAUAUCAGAGAUUUAAAUAGGAGAGAUUAAACCGUGUGUACGAGUGUUGCUCCUGUAUUUUAAAGAAAGAUAACCUAGGAAACCUUUGCAGUUCGGAUAUGUAAUUUAAGCGCUUUUUACCAUAAGUGUUAUUUAAGUUGUUUAAUGAUGUUUAUUAUUCUUAAUAGAAAAAAAAACUUUAUGGUUUAACUGAAGUUGGAUGCUUCUUUGAGCUACAGGGAGCAUUUCAGAACACAAGACUGUGGGCUUUUGUUUUGCUGUAUUUCAAUUGCAGUUUUGGACUUCCUUAUUUUGAAUUCUAUUGGAACACUAAUAAACAAGAAAAGAAUUAUGGAAAAUGUCAUUGUCUUCCAAAUGUAGUUCAUAGAACGUAAGUGUUUUAAUAACGCAGACUAGAAGCUACGUAUGGAAUCUGAAAGGCCCACAGUUUACACUUGUGACUAUGAAGUGUAAAUCUGUUUUUUUAUUUUGUUUUUUUUGAAAAAGAUCAGUUAGUGAUCUAAGUGACAGAAUUAAGCCAAGAGUUUGUAAUUGUAUGAUAUUUACUGUAAGAUGUAGAACAUUCAAUAACUAUUAAAAUGUUUACAAAA